AUGAGCUCUCCAUCACCAGCGACACCUCGGACUGGCGAUGCCACACCAAUCCCCCCUGGCAGUUUGAAGGAUGUGCUCCGGAGACGGCAGCAAGGCCGCAACUCAAGAUCGUGUCUUCCUUGCAGGGAGAGGAAAGUAAAGUGCGAUCAUGAAUUGCCUUGUGGGACUUGCACCAAGCGCGGCCAUGCGGAUCUAUGUUCUUAUCCGAGCAGCGAGCAGUCAAAUGGAACGAGCAGAACCUCAAACAGUGCGCGAUGGUCCAGAUCACGGCGGUCCACUCCGAUCGCUGAGACUUUUGACAAUGGAUUGCUCUCUUCGGCGAAUGGCACUCUGCAAGUUACCAACGGCAUCGGAUCACUCGGUUCAGCGUCAGAUGAAGUUGGUCGAUCAGCUGCGACUGCAUCGCCAACUGGAAAUCCCGGGCCAGGAGACUUGGGAAAUGCUUCCGUUAGUUCACCAAUUAGAGAACAACUGAGUUCUUCUCGGAGCGAUAAUCCUCAGCGAAGUGCUUAUGAAAACGGAGUCCGACCUCUUCUGGGCUUAGAGACAGACAAUGAGGACUCGCCAUCGCUCCCCCGUGUAAACACCAAGAUUUUAUAUGAAUCACUGCCUGGUAAUCAAGACAUGAUUAGGCUGUUCGAGACACAUCGCUUGCGAUGCCAUCCCUUCCAUAUUAUUACUUACAAUAUUGAAGAGCUGCAAACAAAGCUCAGUAAGCUGAUAGUCAGCCGGAACAAUUCGACCAAUCUUCCAAAUACUCAAGCACAAGACCUUCGAUGGAUUUGCCUUUUACAUGCAAUUUUCGCUGCAGGAGCACAAGCUUCAGAUUUACCACUGGAGCAGCAGACAAGUCUAUCUGAUCGCCACACACAACAUGCCUUUGAUUGUUUGAAUGCUUCUAACUUUCUUGAGUAUCCGUUCAAGGAAGCUUUACAGGCCCUCCUGCUGCUGGGUUACGUGCUUCAGAACAAUAUGCGACCGCAGGCUGCUUGGAUAUUACAAGGCAGUGCCAUUCGUCUAGCUUCGACCCUUGGCAUUCAGAGAUCUGAUAAUCAGGCGAGGCGAAUGCGCGUCCCUCCCGGUGAAGCAAAGUCAUUACGUCUCGCAGUUGUCUGGCAAGACGCUCUACUUUCACUCGCAUUCGACCGGGCACCUGCUUCAUACGAGUUCGACUUUGACGAGGACUUGAUACCUCUAACGUCGACUCCGUUGACCGGGACCAUAACCUAUCGCCAGGGCAUGAAUUGGAUCAGUCACCUGAGCCUUCGAUACCUACCACUUCGAGACAGGCGAAAAUCUCCACCAUCAAUCGAUCCAUCCUUGGUGUGGCAAGACCUAGAGAUGAUCGAGGCCAACAUUCUUCCCCACCUGGGUGACAUUCGACAAUGCAGCACCAUUCGCGAGAUUCAAGAAUACUACUUGUUCCGGUUGCACCGCAACUUCUUUGCAGCGACGGUAUGUCGGAGCCUAGUAUCGCCCAGUUACGCCUCGACUAUCGCGCCAGAGCUGCGGUCCUUUGUAGUAUCCCGCGUCCAAAACGCGUUGAGGCAAAGCGCACAGGCAUACUUGGAUAUACGCAGCCUAUCAGUCUACGCAAUGCGCUCGUGGGCCUUUAUCCAUAGUGGCCUGGCUUCCGUCUUGCUUCUCAGUCUUAUACCUGACACGAGAUGCGACACGGAAACGAGAAGACUGCAGGAUGAGUUUAUACAAGAGCUAUCUGAUAAUGGAAAGACGAGCGCGAACGCGAAUGAUGCAUCAGUCAACUUUCUUUCUGCUACUCUGAAAAAGGCACUCAAAGCUCUUGUAGAUCUCCGGCGUCUAGCUGAGCAAGAAAAUACUCGCCCUGUGACGAGACAAAGACCAACCAAUGCCGACGUUUCCGUCACCCAACCUCAGGUCAAUGAUGGACUCGCACCGGCAGAUGCGCCCAUGGAAGGCGGUGAUAUUAUGCAAGCACCCGAGUAUAUAUCCCUCCCACUCCAAUUUCGCGUCGCUUCUAGCAUUAACAGCUUCAUUCAGCAUUUGGUCUUCGGCCGACUGGGGCUUCCCCACGGAUUACGAUAUGUCACCACUCGAGGCAUUUGA